AUGUCCGGCAAAUCGUCCGGCGCGCAACCACAGAAUGGCGACGCCAAAUCACGCAGUCACCACGAUGGCAGCAGCGGGCGCGCGUUCACCGUCGAGCAAAAAGCUGCCGUAAUACGCAUAAAACGCUGCACGCCCACGGCUUACUACGAAAUCCUCGGUCUCGAAGCCGUAAAAUCGACAUGCAGCGAUAGCGACAUCAAAAAGGCGUACCGGAAACUGAGUCUACUGACGCACCCUGAUAAGAAUGGCUACGAGGGUGCGGACGAUGCGUUCAAGCUGGUCAGCAAAGCGUUCCAGGUCUUGAGCGAUCCGGAUAAGAAGAAGAAAUAUGAUCAGUUUGGAGGGGAUCCUGAUGCGAGGUUUAACCCAGCGACGGCUGCGGGAGGUGGAUUUGGAGGCGGCGGCGGCGGUGCUGGGUUCCCACGAGGAGGAGGAUUCCAAGAAGAAAUGACGCCAGAAGAGCUGUUUAGACAGUUCUUUGGUGGGGCGUUUGGAGGCCCAUUUGGCGGCAUGGACACCGGUCCCGGCUUCGUCUUCAACCUCGGCGGCGGCCCCGGCAUCCGCGUCCACCAAUUCGGCGGCGGUGCCCCGCGACGACGACCCGGCACCGCACAACCCCCCGGCGCAGAACCCCAAGCCUCACUCAGCUCCACAAUCUCCAACCUCCUCCCGCUACUCUUCCUCUUCGUGCUCCCGCUGCUCUCCUCGCUCUUCUCCAGCCCCGCCGACGUCGGCCCCAAAAUCGUCUUUGAAACGCCGCGACACCCCAUGACCAAGGAGCGCAUCACGUCGCGAUUCAAAGUCCAGUACUUUGUCGAUCCGAGAGAGGUGCACGAGUACAAUCCCAAGAAGUGGCGGAAACUGGACGAGGAGGCUGAGCAGCAAUAUGUUCACGGGCUGUCGGUGCGGUGUCAGCAUGAGCAGAAUCAGCAGCGGAGAAUGAUGGAGGAUGCACAGGGUUGGUUUUACAUUGACCAGGAAGCCAUGGACCGGGCGCGGAAAAUGGAGCUGAAGAAUUGUAGAAAGCUGAAGAAGAUGGGGCUGUAGGGUACGACGUCGGGCUUGUUGUGUUGUUGUGAUUAUAGUAGUUGCAGUUCUGGAUAUUGUUGAUAAUGGGCCAGUGGUUGCUUUUGGAAGAGUUGGGAUAGAUAUCAUGGCUUGCAUGGCGCAUUGAGGCGUUGGAGAGCAGAGCAGAGAAGACAAGAGGCAUUGCUUUGGCGAGUCUUGGAAUUGCAAAUUCUCAUCUGCGUCCAGCGAGGUCAUUGUUCUUGUCUUGUAGCACAUCUUCAAUCUGAUUGUAUACAAGACUACAAA